CUCAUUCGCCGCAGACGAACUCUACCCAUAUACCUCAUCUUCUCAGGUUAGCUCUUCGAAGAGAAUGGACGCUUUAUGCAUCACCAAACCAGCCUAAUUAAUUUUCUGUCUUUUUUUUUUCCUUAAUUUUUUUUAAAUGAUGUUGAUGAUUGAAUCAGCUAUGGCCGUCCGAUUUCCCGCCGCAACCAAUUUCUGCUCCUCCUCCGCCUUGCACAAUUAUCGUCCUAUGUGCAGCUCCGGUGAGGUUACUAGUUGCCACGUCUCCUGCCGCCGGCUGUUUCGGCAUGGCAGCUUUGGCAUAACUUGGAAAGGAUUUCGAAGAGUAAAUAGAGCUUCCCUUUCGAGAAGGACCCUCGUAAAGAAUAACAUUCGGGCAACUACCGAGCAUUUAGGCUCAGCAUCCGAUCCUGCAAAGCAUAAUGGAAGGUCGCAUUACCAUCCGUUUGAGGAUAUUGGUGAAGCUACAUCUAAAAAGAGCAAUGAUGCUACACUCACAGCUGCAGAAACCUCUAGGACGAUCAUUGAGGUGAAUAGUAAAGCAACGGUUAUGUUUACAGGGAUGAUCAAUGAUGAAGUUCAUGAAAAUAUUAUGUGGCCAGACUUGCCUUAUGCAACCGAUGAGCAUGGAAAUGUAUACUUGCAAGUGAAAAGCGAUGAAGAUAUUUUGCAAAGUCUUACUGUAGAAAAUAACUUUGUGCAAGUCAUUAUAGGAUUUGACACUACGGAAAUCAUGAAGGAAAUCGAAUUAUCGGGUCCAUCAGAAGUUGAUUUUGGAAUUGAGGAAAUUGACAAUGAAGAUAUUGAUAUUGAAGAUGAAGAUGAGGAUGAUGAUGAUGAUGAUGAUGAUGAUGAUGAUGAUGAUGAUUAUGAUGAGGAGUGGGUUGCUGCUCUUGAAGAUGAAGCUGAUCAAGAUGACUCUGAUGGGACUCUUGGGGACUGGGCAAAAUUGGAUACUAUGCGUUCAUCCCAUCCUAUGUACUUUGCCAAAAAGUUGACUGAGGCAGCUUCAGAUGAUCCUGUAGACUGGAUGGAACAACCUUCGGACGGUUUAGCUAUCCAAGGCCUUCUAAGGCCUGCCCUCACUGAAGAACAUUCUGAAAUUCAGAAGCACAUGUCUACCAAUCAGUCUCAUGGUUCUGACACAAAUCAGGCUGAGAAAGUUGUGGGAGACAAAGUAGAAGAUCUUGGCAUAAUUAAUGGUUAUGGAAAUGAAACAGAGUUAUCAAGAAAGAGUACAUCAUCUGAAAGAUCAGGGAAAAAUGAGAUCUCAACAAAUGGGUCUUCAUUUUACAAAUUAGAGAUGAUUAAAAUUCAGCUAAUUACAGCACAUGGACAUCAGACAGAUGUUGAAUUAGAAGACUUCAAGCAGGCUCAACCUGAUGCUAUUGCACACUCGGCUGCCAAAAUUAUAUCUCGCCUGAAAGCUGGUGGAGAAAAAACCACACAAGCACUCAAAUCACUCUGUUGGAGAUGCAAGGGUAUUCAAGUCGAGGAAGUAGCUAUUAUCAGUGUGGAUUCCCUUGGAUUUGUCCUGAGAAUUUGCUCUGGAACCCAAAUUGAAACCUUACGAUUCGCAUUUAAUGCCCGGGUAUGUCAUACAGGCCACUUCAGAGUAUAGUGCUGAGAGACAACUUAACGACAUGUUGUUCCCAAGGAGCCAUCAAAGGCCACAAAAACAGAUAACUGGCUCUUCAAAAUGAAUGCUGAAGUUGUUGAAUAGACGCUUUAACGCAUAAUUGUGGAUCAUGUCUUCUACACUCCCUCGAAGAUUUUUGUAUAUGGCAGAGGCUCAAAGAAAAAAAAAAAAAAGUAAAAAAGCUUUGCUGCCUGCCAUCAAAUGUAUCUUGUUUAUGGAGAUAAGGAUUGUUGGUGUA